AAAUUAGAAAGAGAAAAAGUCAGGAGACAAGCAAAUAAUGCCAGAGAAAGAGUUAGAGUGAGAGAUAUUAAUGAAGCAUUUAAAGAAUUAGGUAGUAUGGUAUCAUUACAUUGUUCUAGUGGACAACCACUUACUAAAUUAAUGGUCUUACAAAGUGCUGUUACAGUUAUAACUUCACUAGAAGGUCAAGUUAGAGAACGCAAUUUAAAUCCUAAAGCAGCAUGUCUAAAACGUCGUGAAGAAGAAAAA